GUCUCUUCCCCUUCCCAACUUCUGGGCAUCCCUCCCCCUUUCCUUCCGGCACUCAUAAAUCAAGGGUAGGAAGAAGAGAGAAGGAAAAUAUUCGCAGAGAGGAGAACACAGUGAAGAGUUGUGAAAAAAAAACCCUCUGAAGUGUUGGAAUUUGGGAAGGCUCCUAAAGCCUAACAAAGGAAGGGAGUCUGAGCGGCAGUGGGGUGGUCGGGCGACGUUGUGUAGACAGGAGACGCUUAGAGGGUCCUCUUCUGAAGGUCCCCCAGAAAUUUGGAGAGGAUCUCCUCCUGAGGAGGGUGCCCUUCCAGGGGGCUGCAGACGCAGCGGGGAGGAGCCUUGCCGGGGAGGGGGAAGAGAGACUGAGGGAGAGGGAGAGAGAGCCCCAUAGCCGAGCCAGGCCCGGCCCCUCCCCGCUUCCCGGCCCCACUUGGGCAGGCAGGCAGCCUCUGGAGCCGGAGCAGGAGGCUUUCUGCAGCCGCGGAACAUGAGGAGCCCUUCGCUCGGCUUGGCGCUGCUGCUGCUGCUGCUGGCGGUGGGGGCGCGCCUCAGCCUCGCCUACCCAGGAUCAGGAUAUUCACCCCUUGAAGAUGAUGAAGAUGUGUAUGCACACAAUAGAUAUAAAGAUACACCCUGGUGUUCUCCUAUCAAGGUGAAAAAUGGCUAUGCAAGUUGCAGAAGUCCUCAUGGGGGGUAUUACAAAAAUGUCUUGGGGACAAAAUGCGAUAUACGUUGUCAGAAAGGUUAUGAACUGCAUGGUCCUCAGCAGCUUAUGUGUCAGUCAGACAAACGCUGGUCUGGGAAAGUUUUGUGCAAACAAAAACGUUGUCCAACCCUUUUGAUGCCACCUAAUGGAGGGUUCAAAUGUGUAGAUGGUGCAUAUUAUAACUCCAGGUGUGAGUACUAUUGUUCACCAGGAUACCAGUUAAAAGGAGACCGCAUAGUACAGUGCAUGGAUAACAAAGUCUGGAGUGGAAGACCAGCUUCUUGUGUUGACACAGAGCCUCCUAGAAUUCAGUGUCCAAGUAUAAAGGAGAAAAUAGCAGAGCCCAAUAAAUUGACAGCCCGUGUGUUUUGGGACACUCCAGAGGGACGGGAUACAGCUGAUGGCAUUUUGACAGAUGUUACUUUGAAAGGACACCCACCAGGAUCAUAUUUUUCAGAAGGCGAUCACAAAAUUCAGUACACUGUGUUUGACAGAGCUGGGAAUAAGGGAACAUGCAAAUUUUUGGUCAAAGUCAAAGUCAGGCGCUGUGGGAAACUGAAUGCUCCAGAAAAUGGCUACAUAAAAUGUUCAGGUGAUGGCGAUAAUUAUGGAGCAACCUGUGACUUUUCCUGUAUUGGUGGGUACGACAUGCAGGGAAGCCCAGCAAGAGUCUGCCAAUACAAUUUGGGCUGGUCAGGAAUGGAUCCAACUUGUACACCCAUGAGCAUUAAUGUCGGUGUAAGGACAGCAGCAGCCCUCUUGGAUCAGUUUUAUGAGAAGCGAAGGCUGCUCAUCUUAUCCACACCAACUGCAGCCAAUUAUUUUUAUAGACUGCAACUGGGAAUGCUGCAGCCAGCACUGUGUGGACUUGAUCUCCGUCAUGUUACAGUGAUUGAGUUGGUUGGGGUCUAUCCAGCACAGAUUGGAAGAAUAGGAUUAAGACUGAUGCCUCCUGCCCUUGCUUUGCAGCUCAGGCUGUUACUUCGUAUUCCCCACUAUAACUUCAAUAUGGUGGUAGUUGACAAACACGGUGUGGACAAAGAGCGAUAUCCUUUCCCAGCAACUCCUGCUGAGCUCUUUACUCUCAUUGACACUUUCCCUCUGAGAAAAGACGAGAUGAAAUUACAAGCAGAAUCUGGCCAGUCUUGUCCCUGAUUCUGGAUCCCAGAUGUCCAGAUGCCAGUAGUUUUGAUGUCUACAUUUUUCUGGUGCUAUGCAGAACAUGGAAGUAUGGAAAUAACUGUUGUACAGGUCUUUUAAAAAUGUGUAUGAGGUUAGCCUUUUAUAAAAUUGUGGAACAUCUUUUCAUUUAUAUAUGGUGCCCCUUUAAUUUAGGAGUGUUAUUUUCCUCUAUGGAAAGUUUUGUGGUAUUACUGAAUUGCCUUAACUUUUCAGAAUAACUUCAAACAUUAUUUCACGUGUAAAUGUUCUUUUCUUUUUACAGAUCUUUUAUUAAUAAAAAUAUUGUUUUGCA